CUCUUGACCUCGUGAUCCAUCCGCCUCGGCCUCCCAAAGUGCUGAGAUUACAGGCGUGAGCCACCGCGCCCGGCCGGAGUGUAACCUCUUGAGUAAGAUUUUAUUCCAAAUUGGGUAAUAUGACAUUCCUCUGCCUUACUGUUCAACGUUGGCCCUCCUAAAGUACUUCCAGUGAGAUUAUCCCCGUUCCCCAAUUCUUUCCUUUUUUAGAGCGUCUGUGAGGAGAAUUGAGAGACAGGGUAUACUCUUAGAAAGGCCAAAUGACCCCUCUCUUCAUUUCUCUGCCAUCGUGGUAUGUGCUUUACUCCAUUUCUUGCCAUGUCUUCUCACAGGACUUUCAGGAUUAAGCGAUUCCUGGCCAAGAAACAAAAACAAAAUCAUUCCAUUCCCCAGUGGAUUCGGAUGAAAACUGGUAAUAAAAUCAGGUACAAUUCCAAAAGGAGACAUUGGAGAAGAACCAAGCUGGGUUUAUAAGAAAUGACACAUGAGAUGGCACACAUAUUUAUGCUGUCUGAAGGUCACAAUCAUGUUACCAAAUCAAGCUGAAAAUGUCACCCCUAUCUGGAGAAUUUUGAACAGAGUUUCCUCUCUCGAUCUGUUAUAAACGUGUUGGUUGGCUGGGUUCGGUAAUAAAUAUGUGAGACCUUUAAUUUCAAAAAAAAAAAAAAAAAA